AUGUCGUCAUCUUCCGGACUCUACAUCCCCGUGCACCUACGGGCAUCUUCAACAGGGUUACCCAGCUCAUCGGCGACUUCGUUGCCUCAUGAUGGUCUGCCUAUCUACACGCCUGCAGACUUGCUACUGCUCGAAUCAUCCCCUCUGUCAAAGUUAUCCCAUGAGGAAUUGAUCGCCUUGCGAGCUGUGGCACCAGAGAUCGUGCAGAGCCACAGGCAGCACAAAUCACACGAAUGGCGCACGAGACGCCCUCAGUUUCCCUCGCGGUCUUAUCCAAACUCUUCUGAAUCAGAGGGAGAGGAACAGAGUUGGAGGAAGUAA